UAGGACUACUCAUCACACAACAACACACACAAACAAAAAGAAAGAUCCCAAACAAAAACCUUAGAAGGAAGUCACUUAGUCAAAUUCAAAAUGGUUGCGAGAAGUGAGGAGAUUGAGAAAAUGAACGAUACGGCGGCUAGAUGUCUGAUGUUGUUACCGAGAGUUGGAGAAUACGGCGGAGGAGAGAAACGCGUUUACAGAUGCAAGACUUGUCUCAAAGAGUUCUCGACGUUCCAAGCUUUGGGAGGUCACCGUGCAAGCCACAAGAAACUCAUUAACAGUGAAGAUCCAUCACUUCUAGGAUCUUUGUCCAAUAAAAAGACUAAAGCGGCGAUGACGUCUCAUCCUUGUCCGAUAUGUGGCGUGAAUUUUCCAAUGGGACAAGCUCUUGGUGGUCACAUGAGGAGGCAUAGGAACGAGAAAGCCUCAGGCACGUCGUUGGUUACACGAUCUUUCUUGCCAGAGGCGACUACGGUGACGACUUUGAAGAAGUGUAGUAGUGGGAAGAGAGUGGCCUGUUUGGAUUUGGACUUAGAUUCGAUGGAUAGUUUGGUUAAUUGGAAAUUGGAGUUGGGUAGAACGAUCUAUUGAUUUCUUGUUCUUUUCUUCGUAUUCGUUAGGUUUCUAGUUUCAUCUUGUAGUACUCUUUGUUGGAUCCAUUUAUAGUACCCAUCGAUGUGAAUAUUAUCUUGAUAUAUACUAUCCGAGAUUUCUUUUACUGUUUGCUAA